AUGAAGCCACAAGAAAUACAAGAAAAGCUUGGUCUGACUCGUCUACGAGACCGCAAUUGGUAUGUGCAGCCGUGUUGUGCGACGACCGGUGAGGGCUUGUACGAGGGAUUGACUUGGUUGACGUCCAAUUCCAAGACGUGA